AUGGGAAAGAAAGAUCCCGAGGCUGAGGCUAUGGCCAACCACAUCUCUGGACAGUCUAAUAAGCCCAUGUCCAGGCCGGCACAUGCUUUGGCUACCGAGCAAGUUGUCCAGGAGCUGAGAGCCAACCCAGACGACGGCUUGACACCCGAGGACGCCAAGACUCGUCUCGAAGAAUAUGGCCGCAACGAAUUUGGCGCCGAUAAGGGCGUUCAACCCGUCAAGAUCUUCAUUGGACAGAUUGCCAAUGCAAUGACCUUGGUUCUGAUCCUGGCCAUGGGUGCUUCUUUUGGUAUCAAGUCUUGGAUCGAGGGAGGUGUCGUCGCUGGUGUUAUCUUUCUUAACAUUACUGUCGGCUUCCAUCAAGAGUUCAAGGCCGCAAAGACGAUGGAUUCCCUUCGAUCACUUAGCUCGCCUACUGCUCAGGCCGUACGAGAGGGCCGUAACAUCACCGUUCCCACCGUUGAGAUUGUGCCUGGCGACAUGGUCGAGCUCAAGACUGGUGACACCAUCCCCGCCGAUGUUCGCAUAAUCGAAGCUGUCAACUUUGAAACAAACGAAGCCUUGCUCACGGGAGAGUCUCUCCCCAUCCGCAAGGAGGCUGCUCAGACUUUUGAUGAUGAGACUGGACCUGGUGACCGCCUCAACGUCGCAUACAGCUCCUCAACCGUUACCAAGGGGCGUGCCCGUGGUAUCGUCUUCGCUACUGGCAUGUAUACCGAAAUUGGUCAGAUUGCUGCCGCCCUUCGGGGCAAGAACUCACGCCGCCGAGAGGUCAAGCGUAAGGAGGACGGCUCCGCCACCUUUGGGCGCUACCUUCAAGCAUGGACUCUGACCCUUUCCGAUGCUGUCGGACGCUUUUUGGGCGUCAAUGUUGGAACACCUCUGCAGAGGAAGCUGUCUAAGUUGGCAAUUCUUCUCUUUGGUACCGCUGUCGUGUGCGCCCUGAUCGUACUGGGAGCAAACAAUUUCAACACAACGCAGGAGGUUGUGAUUUACGCCGUUGCUACUGGUCUUGCGAUGAUUCCUGCCUCGUUGGUUGUGGUCUUGACGAUUACCAUGGCUGCUGGCACGAAACGAAUGGUCCAGCGUCACGUUAUUGUUCGCCAGUUGAAGAGUUUGGAGGCCCUCGGUGGUGUUACGAACAUUUGCUCUGACAAGACCGGAACUCUUACUCAAGGGAAAAUGGUUGUCCGCAAGGCCUGGGUUCCUGGAAAGGGUACAUUCUCCGUUAGCAACACUAACGAGCCCUUCAAUCCUACAACGGGCGACCUCGGUCACAGUUCUGGCCAGCCCAAAGACAUCAACUUCGGUUCCAAGGAGGGUGAUGGCGAGCCAUUCUCCAAUGCCGAAGCUGAGGAUCGUGUGAAGGAGAGUACCGUUCUCACGGACUACUUCAACGUCGCAUCCCUCGCCAACUUGGCCAAUGUCCACAAGACCCCUGAGGGAGAGUGGCACGCCCGUGGUGAUCCUACCGAGAUUGCCAUUCAGGUUUUCGCAUCCCGUUUCAACUGGAACAGGCUGCGUCUCGCUGGCGAGUCCAACCGGUGGCAGCAGAUUGCCGAGUUCCCCUUCGACUCCGAUGUCAAGAAGAUGUCCGUCAUCUUCGAGGACACUCAGACAAAGGCAGCAUCGGGAAACAAGACCUGGCUCUUCACCAAGGGUGCCGUCGAGCGUGUCAUCUCUUCUUGCCCUACGAUUCAAAUGGGCGGUGAUGUCGUUGAGCUUACCAAGGACAUUGAGCAGGACAUUUUGGCCAAUAUGGAGGCUCUUGCCCGCCUUGGACUCCGUGUCCUGGCCUUUGCGAGCAAGUCUGACAUCGGUACCGUUGAUAACCAUGAUAACCUUGAUCGCGCCAACUUCGAAAAGGACCUCACUUUCCGUGGCCUCAUCGGUCUCUAUGACCCUCCCCGUCCCGAAUCCGGUCCUUCGGUCAAGAAAUUCCACGAGGCCGGCGUCAGCGUUCACAUGCUUACCGGCGACCAUCCCGAAACUGCUCGUGCCAUCGCCCUCGAGGUUGGUAUUCUGCCCACGCGCAUGAAUGAGAUUUCCGCGAGCGUGGCGAAAACGAUGGUCAUGGCUGCCCACGACUUCGACAAGCUCUCAGACGACGAGAUUGAUAAGCUGCCCAACCUCCCGCUGGUCGUCGCUCGCUGUGCCCCUCAGACUAAAGUUCGCAUGAUUGAGGCUCUUCACCGACGUGAGCGCUUUGUGGCCAUGACAGGCGACGGUGUGAACGAUUCUCCCAGUCUGAAGCGAGCUGACGUCGGUAUCGCUAUGGGUGAGAGCGGCUCUGAUGUUGCUAAGGAGGCGUCCGACAUUAUCCUCACUGACGACAAUUUCGCAUCGAUUCUCAAUGCCGUUGAAGAAGGUCGUCGCAUGUUUGAUAACAUCCAGAAAUUCGUCCUGCACGUGCUGGCCUGUAACGUCGCCCAGGCUCUGACUCUUCUUAUCGGCUUGGUCUUCAAGGAUGACAGCGGGCUUUCCGUGUUUCCCCUUGCGCCUGUCGAGGUCAUGUGGAUUAUCAUGAUUACCUCCGGUCUUCCUGAUAUGGCUCUCGGGUUCGAAGUCGCUGCCCCGGAUAUCAUGGACCGACCUCCGCAAGACAUGAAAAUCGGCGUCUUCACCUGGGAGCUGAUGCUCGAUAUGCUUGUCUAUGGUGUCUGGACUGCUACUCUCUGCCUUGCGUCUUUCGUGCUCGUCAUGUUUGGCUGGGGCAACGGCCAAUUCGGUAGCAACUGCAACAACACAUACUCGGAAGAGUGCGAUACUGUGUUCCGCGCCCGCGCAACCUGCUUCGCGAGUUUGACCUGGUUCGCCCUCUUCCUCGCCUGGGAGAUGGUCAACAUGCGCCGCUCUUUCUUCCGCAUGCAACCCAAGAGCACAAAGUACUUCACCCAGUGGUUCUGGGACACUUGGCGCAACAAGCUUCUCUUCUUCGCCAUCCUCAUCGGCUUCAUCACCAUCUUCCCCCUCACCUACAUUCCUGUGCUCAACACCAAGGUGUUCAAGCACGCACCUAUUACAUGGGAGUGGGGCAUCGUCUUCGUCGGCGCGGUGCUCUUCUUCAUGGGCGUAGAGUCGUGGAAGUGGGCGAAGCGCGUCUACUUCCGUCGCGUGGCGCACAAGGCUCACGGCGGCACCAAGGACCUUGAGAGCCGUGUGUUUGGCCACUACUAUACCAUUGGCGGUGUUGCGCUUGACUCGUCGCCUACCCUUGGUAGCCGGACGAUGACGAACGAGAAGGAAAUGCGGGAUAAGGGCUACGGGUACUCUAGCGGAGGCAGCAGGUGA